AUGGAAGAAGAAGAAGAGGAUGAAGACGACACGUUCGAGGAUGCCGUGUGCAACAAGACACCCGCCAGAGUCAACACACCUUUGUCUAUAAUCACCGAGGCGUUCGAAAACCUAGCUGAUCUGCUAAAACCCGACAUAACAACCGAAGAAGAAGAAGACGGUUUAAGUCUUGAUGCUUUCUGUAACGCGUGUACUCACGUCUCUGUCCUCUUCAGCUGCCUAGGGUUCGCCUUCAAAUUCGCUGAGAUGGAGUACAUCUCCAAAGUCAAUGAUUUGGUUGAAGCAUCGAAGACAUUAGACACGUUACAGAAUAUUUUGGACCUAGACGUGGAGAAAGAUACGGUGAAAACACCAGGAAGCCGUUCACGUAACCUAAGACGUGUGAGACUAGGGUUAGACCUAAUCCGAGCGAUCUUCGAGAAGUUCUUGAUGACAGAUGAAUACUCUUUGAAAGACGCUGCGACAACAGCUUACACAGAGGUGUGUGCGCCGUUUCACACGUGGGCUGUUAGAACCGCGGUUUACGCGGGAAUGUAUACACUUCCAACGAGGGAUCAGCUUUUAAUACGGCUCGAUGAAACUGAACAGUCUGUUGAGAAGAACAUGAGGAGGUACAUGGAAGCGUCACGACCCAUCAUAGAGUAUAUUGAUAAACUUUACAUUGAAAGGAACAUUAAACUUGACUGGUAA